UGUGGUGUUGCCACCUGGUGCAAUAUAAUCAACUAAGUUAAACUCUAUAUUUUUAAACGCAAUUUCAAACGCUUUUCUUUAAUUUAAUUAAUAAUGAUAACCACGGAAGACGCUUGGCAGGAUCUCAUUGGCAUCAGCGCCGAUCCGCCUGACAGGCGCAAUAAAUGCGAGCAAUGCAAACGACCCGUAGUUGUCUGCUGGUGCUCCGCAUUACCUCAGCCGCCCCUGGCAGUGGCUUCGCAAAUUGUGAUACUGCAACAUCCCGCGGAGGAGAAGCGUUCGCUGCGCACAGCUCUUAUGCUGCAGCUGGGACUAAAACCUGGAAAAUGUGUGGUUUACAAGGGCAAGCGAUUUCCCAAUGCCCGCCACCCAGCUGAGCUGCAGCGUGUGCUUGAUUCGCCACAGACGCUACUCCUGUAUCCUAGUAAAGAUUCAGUGCCAUUGGAGCAGAUCAAUCGGAGCACGGGACCGUAUACUCUCGUGCUCAUUGACGGCACUUGGCCACAAGCGAAGGCUAUCUAUGCCAGCAGUCCGGCACUGCAUCGCUUGCGCCAAAUCAAACUAAUUGCGGUGGGCAUUAGCGAUUACAUUAUACGUACACAACCCACUGAGGGAUGCUUAAGCACACUGGAAACGGCGGCGCAGUGUCUGGCAGUGCUAGAAGCGCAGCCUGAGCUGCGCCAAGUGCUAGUGCAACCGUUGCAUGCACUAUGCAAAUACCAGCUCGAUAAUGGUGCCGUGGAGCACCAGUCAAAGGAGUUCCUGAUGAAAACUAAUCAAUAUCCCAAACCUAUUGGUAAGAGGCUAAGUCGCUUAUUGAACUACAGUAAUACAGUGUGCGGCAGUGCCAGUCCUCUAGAGCAACAGGCGGUUGAGCAGAAGUCUUGAUGAACGCGGUCACAAUAUGGUUAAUGCUCUGUGCGGAAACGUGCUUUUACUUUUAAUACAUACUAUAAACUAUUUGUAAUUUAUAUACACAAUUAUGUGUGCAUAUAUGUGUUUCCAAGUGAUUUUUGGAAUUUAAACCAUGGGUGUGUUUCUGGCAUCUGUUAAAGCACGCAUCAUAGCACACUGUGCAAUUGUAUAGGUCCUAACACAUGCAUUCUGUUCAUCCACUGCAAUAAUUAUAAAUUAAGAGUUAA